GGCUUUGUAUGCCAUCUGUUUGUUCUGCAGAUAGGCCCAGCCUGCACUGUCCCAGAACUGUCGCUAGGAGUCGCUGGUCUAUUAUUCCCUAUUGAGGGUAUGCGCCAUAUUGGCAGUCUCCUCCAUCUCAGCAAACGUCGAGCAUGCAUCUCUCAUACCGGUUAUUGAGAUAUAUGUAAAUAUUUGCGGUGACCUGCGAGCCGAAACACAGCACGAUGGAGGCUGUCAAAGCCUUUAACAACGAGCUGUACUCGCUGAAUGAGUACAAGCCGCCCAUCUCCAAGGCCAAGAUGACCCAGAUCACCAAGUCUGGAAUCAAGGCAAUAAAAUUCUACAAGCAUGUUGUCCAGAGUGUAGAAAAGUUCAUACAAAAGUGCAAGCCAGAGUACAAGGUCCCGGGACUGUAUGUCAUCGACUCCAUUGUGAGACAGUCACGUCACCAGUUUGGAACAGAGAAGGAUGUUUUUGCCCCACGUUUCAGCAAGAAUAUCAUUGCAACAUUCCAGCACCUCUACCGCUGCCCCUCAGAUGAUAAGAGUAAGAUAGUCCGAGUCCUGAAUCUGUGGCAGAAGAAUGCAGUCUUCAAGAGUGACAUCAUUCAGCCGCUGCUGGACAUGGCAGCUGGUAUUGCUCCUCCCAGUGCCACCCCUGUUCUGCCCAGCAGUGCGGCUCCCGUCAAUAACACUACACCCGGUACCCCAGCCACACCGGCCACUCCAGCAAACUUAGUGCAGAGUUUGCCUGACUGGGCUUCCCAAAUUACUAACACGGACACUGUGGCUGCUGUGGCACAAAUCUUACAGAGCCCCCAGGGACAGCAGCUUCAGCAGCUGGUACAAAGUCUGCAGAUGCAGCAGCAGAAGCCUCAGCCGUCCCUGCUGCAGGCCUUGGACGCCGGCCUGGUGGUGCAGUUACAAGCUCUGACAGCUCAGCUCACAGCUGCAGCUACUGCAAACAGCCUCAACCCCCUGGAGCAGCGGGUCUCUUCCUUCAAUAAGAAACUUUUGGGUCCUUUUGACUUUGGGAACGAUUCUGAACGCAGUGAAGAAUCUAAAAAGGACUCCUCAUCAUCUCAGCUGCCCAUGGUGUCUGAGCCCAUCAACAGCUCGCUGUUCCAUCAGCUGGCCGAGCAGCUACAGCAGCAAAACCUCGAGCAGUUUCAGAAGCAGCUGCUGGAGCACCAGCAGAAGGCAAUGAAUAUAGAGGGACAGGACUCAAUCUUUGGGCAAGAAAACUCUGCAACUGCUCAGAACAGCAGUCAGCCACAACUUCCUGAGCCAGAGAAUAAGAUGGAUGACUCCAUCGACAACCAGCAGCAGGAUAUGGAUCUGGAUGAGGGCCCUGAUGGAAUGGAGGGGGAAAUCUUUGAGGCAGAGGAGAAGAAGACUCUAAGCACUAGGUCCAGAACACGUUCUAGGUCACGCUCUAGGUCCCCCAAGAGGAGACGAUCCAGGUCCCGCUCUGGCUCACGCAAACGGAAACAUCGCAAGAGGUCACGGUCACGUUCCAGAGACCGCAAAAGGAAGUCGUCUCGAUCUUACUCCAGUGAGAGACGUGCCCGAGAGAGGGAGAAGGAAAGGCAGAAAAAGGGACUACCUCCCAUAAGAUCCAAAACUCUAAGUGUUUGCAGCACAACUCUGUGGGUGGGCCAGGUUGACAAAAAGGCCACUCAGCAGGACCUCACCAAUCUCUUUGAGGAGUUUGGACAGAUUGAAUCCAUUAACAUGAUCCCUCCCAGAGGCUGUGCCUACAUCUGCAUGGUUCAUCGACAGGAUGCAUACCGAGCCCUUCAGAAGCUCAGCACUGGCUCUUUCAAGAUUGGCUCCAAGAUCAUCAAGAUUGCAUGGGCUCUGAACAAAGGUGUAAAGCAGGAGUACAAGCAGUUUUGGGAUGUGGACCUGGGUGUCACCUACAUACCAUGGGAGAAGGUCAAGCUUGAUGAUCUGGAUGGUUUUGCUGAGGGUGGAAUCAUUGACCAGGAGACUGUCAAUGAUGAGUGGGAAGCAACCAAGAAUUCUGAGCCUUCCAAAGAAGUUACAAGUCAGGCUGUAAACUCUGAGUCCGCAGCAGCAUCCAAUACCCAAACUGAGACCUACAGCCAGCAGGUCACCAUGAUGCCCGUACAGCUACCGGUGGCCCAGGCAGUUCCCGGUGCAGUUGGUCUGGUGCCUCCUACCUUCCCAGUCACCAUGAGCAUCCCUCCUCCAGGCUACGGGCCACCCCCACCAUUCAUAAGGGCUGGAUUCAACGCCACACAGCCUCCUCCAAAUUUCAUGCAAGCUGCUCAGACUGCAGGCAUGCCUUCAGCAACUACGUCCCUGGUACAGCCAUCCAUGGCUUCAGGCCAAGAUGCUGUCAAAGAAGCAGCAUUCAGCUCUAUGAUGCCUCCAACCAGCACCAUCCAUGGCAGCUACAUGCCUUCAGCCAUGCCUGGAGCUGGGGUGUUCAACCCAGUGGGGGUUCAAAGUCAGCAAGCCCCAAAUGACAAGACUCCACAAUCUGCAGAGGGUAUGGAUGCUGCAACAGAACUCACACUACAAGGCAUGCAGAAUGCUGUCCGCAGUGGAAUGGGUCUACUUGGCAUGCACCCCACAGCUUCUCUGGCCCAUCCCCUCCAUCAGUCUGGCCUGACUGGACAGAGAAUGUCUGGCUUGCUGCCCCUGGAUGUGCGACCUAACCUCCUUCAGCCUGGAGCUGUUGCCCGUUUUCCUCUCCUCAUGCAACAGGGCCAUGCCCAGCAAGCUGUUAGUCUCCUAGACAGUUCCCUCCAGGCUCAGGCCCGACAGAGGGCAGCCUUUCCUCCUGUGGACCCCUUCAAUAGGGCACCCAACAUUAAUAAUGAAAAUGUACCCAAAACUGAAGACGAAUCCUCCUCAGGGGCUGAUGAGGGCAAAGACCAAGACUACCGCUUCCCUCCAAUGGAAAAGCAGAGCACAGGCCUGCUACGGACCCCUCCACCAGAGCAUAGAGAGCCACUUGGGGUUGGUGGAGGUGGCAGAGCACCCUUACUUCAGACCCCUGGAGCCCAGCCUGGCAGAUCAAGCUUAGUUGGACGUUUGCAGGCUCUUGCAGGCUUCCCUCCCGACAGCCGCUGGAACCAGGCCAGAGGGGACUUUGAUGAACGAGACGGGGUACGAGGAGGCCCACAGCCCUCCGGGGGUCCUAAAGGCUUUCAGGAUGAGCGCCCCGCACCUGGGCAGAACUUUCACACUCGCUUUGAUAACCGUCCUGGAGCAGCUGGGGGGGCAACAGGUGUAAAUGCUGGAGCUGCUGGGGGCUCACAGCCCUGGAACCGCAGUGGUGGUGCUGCGGCUCCGUUUGACAGUGACCUACAUAAAGACCUCGAUGACCGCAGACGUCCAUGGGAGAGGCAGAGAGACCGAGAUGAAAGAGAUUUUGACUUCAGAAGAGACGUGAAUGGUAACCGUCACAGCCGUGACCGGGAGAGGGAGCGGGAGAGGGAGAGGGAGAGAGGCCGAGAACGCACCCGAGAGCAUGAGCGCGACAGAGACCACGACAAAGAGAGAGACCGUGAACGUGGAGGCUGGACACCAAUUCUUCCUCUGCCUACACCACUGCUCCCCACUCCCCCUCUCAACCCCAACCUGACACUAAAUCAGGGCAAACUUCUAGCGCCGCUCAAGUUAAACCCUCAGAUUCAGGCAAGAUUCCAGUCGCCACUUCUGCCUCAGUCUCAGGGCAAACCUCCUCUGGGUUUGAACCAGCCACUGCCUCAGGUUCAAAUCAGGUCUCCUCCUCCAAUACAGAGCCAAGCACCUGAGUCCGAGCACCAGUCAGAGACUGCAGCUCCAGCUGAGCGAGCUCAGACCCAGUCGCCACCCAGAGCCCAUUCACCCGACCACCCAUCUGAGAGUAAGGCUCAGCCUGAGCCUCCCACGCAGUCCCAGUCAUCGCCACAGCCACAGACCCUCCCACGCACAGAGUCACCCCCCCAGCCCACUGCCCAGCUUCCCUCAAAGGGCACUGCUCCUCCACACACCGUGAUCCCAGGCCAUGCCUCGCAGCUGGCCGAGUCCUCAUCCCCAGACUCACCUGUGGCCUUCACACGUGCUGACAGCCCCCAUGAAGAGCCAACUCACUCUCUGGAGAAAGAGGAGCCCCCUCAGAAGGAUGAGGAGGAGUCACUAGAGAGUGCCUCCUCCCCUCCAUCCCAGUGGGUCAAUGGACCAGAGAAGGACAGUGUCAGUGUGGCUGAGUCCUCACACAAGGCUUCUUCUUCUCAGCUCUCCCCAGACCCUGCCUACGGUUCUUUGCUCCCUGACAGUGAAAAAGAGCCACAGCGGGAGCAGGUCUCAUCUCCUAAGGACCUAGACAAUGAACAGAGUGAGCCCAUGGAGGAAGCUGCGAGUCAGCCAGUGGUAGACACUGUCACAGACACUGAGGGGACAUAAUCAUCACUCAGUAGGUAAAAGAUCAUUUUGUAAAGUUGUCUCUUCUUCUCUGUACUCAUGUCAGCAAACCACCACCACAACACGGGACAUGGCGAAUAUUGACUCACACGAGUUGUUGUCUGAUAACCAGUAACAAUGAUUUUAUCUCUCACAAAUACCAGUGUACUUAAAUAGAAGGCUCAUUAGGUGAUAACUGGGUAGAUUUUGUUUGUAUUUUAUUUCCUUUUUCCUUUUUUAAGUUGUAAAACCACACCUCCCAUUUUAAAUAAUAUAAGCUUGGUAAAUUUUUAUUGAAUUGCCUGCCCAAAUGUUUCAAUUGUAUAAGGGGAAAUUAGCUUUGACCUUCCUAUGGAAGAGUGAAAAAUCCUGGCUCUUUUGGAUUGACUGCAGAUGUGGUACUUGAAGCAGCAGCUACUCUCCGAUUUCUGUCUCCUCUUCUUUUAAACAGAUUCUGCAAAGUUUUUAUCAUGAAUGCUUUUAUGAUGUCCUUCAAUACAUUGUGUUGAAACAAAACAAGUGGCCCACAUUACAGUGAGACCAGAUCAGCUGCUUUAAAUUGGAAAAAAAUACAAAUAUAAUUUAAAUUGAAUAGAAAACUUGAAAAUGUUGUACCCCCAAAAUAAAUGUCUGUAAUUUGUUUCUAAUUCUACACUGAACACAAACAGAACAAUCGCUCUCCAGGGGGGAGAAAAAGAAAAUGAAGAGAGGGAUUUUCUGAUGUCGGGUGCAUAUUGUUUUAGUUUGAAAUAAACAUGCUCUGUCUGUUUCAAAACACAUGCUUUAGGACUGUUUUCUGACCCAAGACCGGUGGAAAAAUAAGACUGCUUUACUUGACGGACUCAUACACACUGUGUGUUGUCACAUCAGCCAAUUUGUUGCUGUAAAGUUGCUGCUAUAACAUCUGUCCACAGAGCACUUUGUUGGAUGCAACAGCGGGACUCAUAGUUUUUAGCUUCUGAUGAUUUCAGCCUGUAUGUUUGCCUAAGCCUUUGCUGGGUGACUGUUGAGGAUGGAUUUGUGCCUUUAUUUGAAUGGAUUUGUGGUUCACGAUGCGAUCCAACACAUCUGUGUGCGUGCAGCUCGGUUUCAGAGGGCUCUCUGAACACAAUGCUCCCUGCACAGAGCUGCCUGACCCUCCCAUUAAACGGUAGCUGCGCAGUUUGUACAGCACUCACCUAGAGGAGAACAAUAUGUACUCCAUUCUGUGCAUGCAGGCCUGUAGCCAUGUUUUAACCUUCCUGUCUUUCUCCAUUUCAUACUCGUAGUGGUUUUUCUGUUGAGACGUACUACUAGAUAUCCAUAGUCUGCUGUUUCUCACAGACCAAAUGUCAUAUACAGGAGUUGUGAUGUUGAAUAAAAGUUGAAGGUGCAUCUGA